UUCGCCCUUCGUUGGCCGCCAGAGGCUCCCUCUCUCCCUCUCCUGGGAAUUCGCUGCUGGGCUCCCUCUCUCUGCGGCCCUAGAGUUAAUCCCAUCAGCCGAGGUGACCCUCUAGCCUUGCUUUGAAAAAGCCAUUUUGUGUAACUCUUGACUGUGAAUGAAUUGCUAACACACCCGUUGGGAUCACGACUGGAAAAGCAUGUCACUGCAGAGGUCCUUUGCUUGACCCAGUACUCGGCAUUAGAAAGAGACGUGUUUUUCUCUCUUGUUCUUCCUCCCCAUCAUUAUGAGCAUUGGCUUUUCACCCUUGAAGUAAAAAUGUUGAAAGCCGAGUCUUCGGGUGAACGAACCACUCUCAGAAGUGCUUCUCCUCAUAGAAACGCAUACAGAACAGAGUUCCAGGCACUGAAAAGUACUUUUGACAAACCCAAGUCCGAUGGGGAGCAGAAGACAAGAGAGGGUGAGGGCUCCCAGCAGAGCAGGGGUAGGAAAUAUGGCUCCAAUGUCAACAGGAUUAAAAAUUUAUUUAUGCAGAUGGGUAUGGAACCCAACGAGAAUGCUGCUGUUGUUGCCAAAACGAGGGGCAAAGGUAGGCCUACAUCCCCUCAGAGAAGAAUGAAGCCCAAAGAGUUUGUGGAGAAAACAGAUGGCUCAGUGGUUAAGUUGGAGUCCUCUGUUUCUGAACGAAUUAGUAGAUUUGACACAAUGCAUGAUGGCCCUUCAUAUGCCAAGUUCACAGAGACUCGGAAAAUGUUUGAGAGAAGUAUGCACGAAUCAGGGCACAAUAAUCGCUACUCCCCAAAGAAAGAGAAAGCAGGAGGGACUGAAGCACUGGAUGAGUGGGGUGCUUCCAAGUCCAACCGAGGCAGCAGCGAUUCCUUGGACAGCCUGAGUCCCCGCACUGAAGCCGUGUCCCCCACAGUGAGCCAGCUGAGUGCGGUGUUCGAGAGCACCGAGUCUCCGAGUGCCAUGGUUUCUGAGAAGGCUGAGAACAAUGAGUACUCAGUGACCGGACAUUACCCUCUGACUCUGCCAUCUGUUACCGUUACCAAUCUUGAUACCUUCGGCCACCUCAAGGAUUCUAAUUCAAGAUCUUCUUCAAGCAAACAAGGUGUUGAGACAGAGGAUCCUCAGAAGACCCAUGCAACUGCAGAAGUGGCUCAGAAAGCCGCCUCUCUAGCUUCAUUGCCUAGUGAGGAGAUACAGCUGAACAAGGGAGCCGAGGACGUCACAUCUCCCCAGGAGACUCUGGACAGCAUUGACACAGAUAUUCCUGAAGAACCCUCUGCUGAAAACCAGGCAAUGCCAAAGUCUGAUCACCUCCCACCACAGAGCGAAGCUUCAGAAGAUGCUGAAGCUGAUGUGGUUGGGAGUGAGACAGCACAGCAGCAGAAGGAAGGCCUGGCAGGAGGUGAUGGAACCUUGCCUGAUGCUUCUGCAUCCAGCUGUGGGAAAGAAGUACUUGAAGACUCAAAUAAUUAUGAGAGUUCCCAUGUAUACAUGCAUAGUGACUAUAACGUGUAUAGGGUGAGAUCCAGGUACAACUCAGACUGGGGAGAGACGGGCACUGAGCCGGACGAGGAGGACGACAGUGAUGAGAACAAUUACUAUCAGCCCGAUAUGGAGUACUCGGAGAUCGUUGGGUUGCCGGAAGAAGAAGAAAUCCCAGCAAAUAGGAAAAUUAAGUUUAGUUGUGCUCCGAUUAAGGUGUUCAGCACAUACUCCAAUGAAGACUAUGACAGGAGAAAUGAUGACGUCGACCCUGUGGCCGCCUCCGCUGAGUACGAGCUUGAGAAACGAGUGGAAAAGCUGGACCUUUUCCCUGUGGAACUGGAGAAAGAUGAGGAUGGGCUUGGCAUAAGCAUCAUUGGAAUGGGCGUUGGUGCUGAUGCAGGACUGGAGAAGCUGGGGAUAUUUGUCAAGACAGUGACAGAUGGCGGUGCUGCUCAGCGGGACGGCAGGAUCCAAGUUAAUGACCAGAUUGUGGAAGUAGAUGGAAUCAGCCUGGUGGGGGUCACACAGAAUUUUGCAGCAACUGUUCUGCGAAAUACCAAGGGCAACGUCAGGUUUGUUAUUGGGCGAGAAAAACCAGGUCAAGUGAGCGAGGUUGCCCAGUUGAUCAGCCAGACCCUGGAACAGGAGAGGCGCCAGAGGGAACUGCUGGAGCGCCACUAUGCGCAGUAUGAUGCCGAUGAUGAUGAGAGCACUGUGGCUGGAUUGCAAGGAAUGUCUGGCAACUGCAAUAACAAUAACAACCGUUUCCUUAAGACUGGAGAAUAUGCCACUGAUGAAGAAGAGGGUGAGGUCGGGCCCACUCUUCCUGGCGGUGACAUGGCCAUUGAAGUCUUUGAGCUCCCUGAGAAUGAGGACAUGUUUUCCCCAUCAGACCUGGACACAAACAAGCUCAGUCACAAGUUCAAAGAGUUGCAAAUCAAACAUGCAGUUACAGAAGCAGAGAUUCAAAAAUUGAAGACCAAGCUGCAAGCAGCAGAAAAUGAGAAAGUAAGGUGGGAACUAGAGAAGAACCAACUUCAACAGAAUAUUGAAGAGAAUAAAGAGAGGAUGCUGAAGCUGGAGACCUACUGGAUCGAGGCACAGACCCUGUGUCACACUGUGAAUGAGCAUCUCAAAGAGACUCAAAGCCAGUAUCAGGCCUUGGAAAAGAAAUACAACAAAGCAAAGAAGUUGAUCAAGGAUUUUCAACAAAAAGAGCUUGACUUCAUCAAGAGACAAGAAGUAGAAAGAAAGAAGCUGGAAGAGGUGGAAAAGGCUCACCUGGUGGAAGUGCAAGGCCUGCAAGUCCGGAUUAGAGACCUCGAGGCCGAAGUGUUCAGACUGCUAAAGCAGAGUGGGACCCAGGUGAACAACAACAACAACAUCUUUGAGAGGAGAGCGUCUCCGGGUGAGGGCUCCAAAGCAGACACUAUGGAGAAUGUGGAAGUCAGGCAAAUGUCCUGCCAGGAUGGCUUGAGUCAAGACUUGAAUGAAGCAGUCCCAGAGACAGAGCGCCUGGAUUCAAAAGCUCUGAAAACUCGGGCCCAGCUCUCUGUGAAGAACAGGCGCCAGAGGCCUACGAGGACACGGCUCUAUGACAGUGUCAGCUCAACGGAUGGGGAGGACAGCCUGGAACGGAAGGGUUGGAGAGUUUCUUCUCCAGAAUCAGAUUCUGGUGUCGCACUCCUCACCCCUGUGGCUAGCCACGGGGCCUUCUCAUCGCACCACGUGACUGAGUCUCAAGAAGAAUUGCGGCUUUCAGAAAGGGAUACUUUGUCCUCUCUCUCGGGAGACACUUCACCCUCAUCGCCUUCAAAAUCUGAUCAUGAUACAGAAGACGCUUCCUGCCACCGCCAAGCAACCAAGAAAACCUUACAUGAAAAAGAUGGUGCCAAUUGUCCUAAAUCACUAAGAGCAUCCAGUUCAUUCAUGGUACAAGGAGGAAAAAUUAAGCAGAAGUUUGUGGAUCUGGGGGCACCUUUGCGAUGGAAUCCCAACAAGGGGAAGAAAUGCAAAGAAAAAGAAGCCAGUAGGUUUUCUGCAGGUAGCAGGGUCUUCAGAAGCAAGUUGGAGAACUGGAAAGCCAAGCCUGCCCCCGCGGCUCAGGCCUCUCCUCGCUCUCCUUGCAUGCCUUUCUCAUGGUUUAAUGAAAGUCGGAAAGGAUCCUAUUCCUUCAGGAACCUGCCUUCAGUUCCGAGUCCCCUUCCGCCUUCUCCUGAGACCCUAGUUUCAGAUAAAACAGGGUCCAAGAAUUUCACCUUUAAUGAUGACUUCAGUCCAAGUAGUACCAGCUCGGCAGACCUGAGUGGCUUAGGAGCAGAACCCAAGACACCAGGGCUCUCCCAGUCCCUGGCACUGUCCUCAGAUGAGAGCCUGGAUAUGAUAGACGAUGAGAUUCUUGAUGAUGGACAGUCUCCCAAACACAGUCUGAGUCUGAAUCGGGCCAUUCAUGAGUGGAGUGUGCAGCAGGUUUCUCACUGGUUAAUGAGCCUAAAUCUGGACCAGUAUGUGUCUGAAUUCAGUGCCCAGAACAUCACUGGGGAGCAGCUCCUGCAGCUGGAUGGCAAUAAACUGAAGGCUCUUGGGAUGACGUCAUCCCAGGACCGGGCACUGGUUAAAAAAAAACUGAAGGAAAUGAAGAUGUCUCUAGAGAAGGCUCGGAAGGCCCACGAGAAAAUGGAAAAACAGAGAGAAAAACUGAGGAGAAGGGAACAAGAACAAAUGCAGAGGAAGUCCAAAAAAUCAGAAAAGAUGACAUCCACGACAGAGAGCAACGCUGAGCAGUAAUCCUGUGGGGACAUUUGAGGGAAAUCCCGCCCCUUCCUGUCCCCCUGCUCCUGAAGAGGAUGAGGAAGAAACUGGUGGGGAUAAUGCCAUUGUAGGCAGUUUAAAGAGCUGUGUGUUGGAUUCACACCUAAUUCUAACGUAAUAACCCCAAGCCACCUUUGCUUUAUUAAUUUAUUGAUUAAUUACAAACCAGAAAUAUCAUGUUUCUCUUCUUCUUACCAACAUCCCGCGCUGUGCGGAGUGCAUCUUGUCACGGAGAGAACCAGCCUGACCCAGCCAAUCAGAGCAGGAUUCACUCUGGUGUUGUGAAUGGACUACCCAGAAUUUGCAGUGAGAGCCCCUAAAACUGAGAUAGUAGCUGUGGUUGUUUGUGUGCAGAGGAUGCCUGCCUUGAGACGAGGGAGCUGCUGUCUCCUGGGUUGCAGAUCCUGAUACAGUGUGUAAGCGAGGCUCUCUUCAAUGCCCAUGUUAGAUGUCAGCCCCAUUGUGGGAAUGUGGGCGCCCAGCUCCUAAUUACCAAAUGAGGGAAAGAGCAAGUGUUAUUCCAUUUGCUGGAAUCAGAGAAGGAGAGAAAAUAGUAGCUAUUUGUUAACUCUAGAAAAAAUGAAAAAGUCUUAAGAACCCAGAUGUGGGUGUCCUAAGGGGCUUGCGGGGGGUCGGGGCAGCAUUUUCCUUCAUGUAUCGUCCAACAAAGAAGAGAAUAUCAGCCUAGUGCAGCCAUGGAUGUUAAGAUCCGCUGGUGUGUUGGCCAGCCCAGCGAGCCCAGGGUGCAGUGGCCCUAGCAAACACAAUACAGCCCCUCCCUCCCUACAAAUUGGACAGAAAAUUGAUUUUAAGGAAAGAAUGUUUUCAGGUUUCCCCUCCUGAGACACAUUAUGGCUGUCUUCAGCCUGCCUAUGAUACAGUCAGGGACUUGUCACAUAUUUUCUACUCAGAAUUUCCCAAGUGGGCUCAGUUAGUGUUUUAACAAAUGUAAGAACUUAAAACUAGAAAUACUGGUUGGAGAUUGAGAUUUGAGUAACAGUCAACCAGAGACUUUUUUUUUAAGUUUUUUUUUUUGUUUUAUUUUUUUUUUUGCACAUGAGAUUUUUUUCCUGUGAAGGACUGCUGUCGGUUACAUUUCAGAGACAUUUGGAAUAACUUUCCUAAGCAAUUCUCUUCCACAUUCUAGAGCUUUCCAGACUUGUGUAAGACAUGGGGUGGACUUUAGCAGUGUAAGAUCUUGUCCUUAAUUCCAGCAUUAAGGAUUUCGGUAUUUUACCAACCCAAGCUAACUCAGGAAAGUUGGGCAGGAAGAGGAGAAAAUAAACUCGUCUUGAGACAUUUCAAACCAUGAGGUUUAUUUAUUUUCUUGCCUUUAGCUUUGCUUUCUUGCUUCUGUAUCUAACUCUCGCUGCUGCAUUGACUCUACAAAGCUGACAUUACCUACUUUACAGUGAACAAAUUUAAAGUCCAGCUGGAGGCUAGGCGAAUUCUUGGGACAUAUUUUACUUCCUUCACUCCAACAGGCCCUUCUGCCCACAACCCUGUGCAUGUCUCCUCUGGAUGUGCAGAGUCUGCAUCAGGUGUCUGUGAGGCCAAGGCUCUGCUGCCUCUGGGACCUCACUUUGAACUGUAACAUUGUGACUUUUUCUUUUUAUUGUUAUUUUUGAAACAUAUAAAUUCUGAAAUUAUCUGAACUAGUAACUUAAUCCUGUUCUUUCUCCCAGGGCCUACUUCUUUUUCUGGCCCACAGUAUUUCUGUUAGGUUUUGGUCCUUCCAAAACAGACAUAUCAGUCCUAAACAUGAUGUGGAAGUAGCCGAGUGUUCUGCAGUUGCCAGACCUGCUUCAUGGUUCUUGCUUGGGGUCAAGUACUGGGUGCCUGUUUAUGUCUUUGGAUGUCUGAUGCUUGGCCACUCAUUAUGGUGAGAAACCAAGAGACACAUUACUUAACUACAAAUUCAGCAAACAUUUCCUAAGACCAGAAGACUAGCAAAAAUCAGACAAUACUAAUGGCUUGCUAAUGUAAAUUUUACCUGGUUUUCUUUUCUUUUGGGGAAAAACGAACCUGGAUUGCACUGGAAGCUUCUUUGUGUUCAUUUAUAAGAGCAAAAACAGACGGACGGUCAUUUUCAGUCGUGGUUACACUUUGAUGAUUUGAAAUUGAAAAUGUAUAUAUUCGAAGUGUCUAUAGUCUGUCUCUGCCUGUACCUUAUGAUCUUCUAUAUUGCUUUUCUUAAAUACAGCAUUCUUACUGCAACUUUAUGAACACUUCAGCGCUUGGAUCAGCAUUUAUAUCACAGUUAGAAAUAAAAUUUAUUCUCAUUACGUCAUUUAGUUUAGAUUUCGACCAUUUUGAUUUUUAAGUUAAAUUAUCACAAUCUUAGACCAAAAUGAGUUCCUUUAACAUUGCUACUAAAAACUGGUAAAAUUGCAAAAGGCUCUUGAUUCUUCUGUUGCUCAGCACAGGCUGAGCAUACGCUGGUUGGUGCAGUGUGGCAGCAAAGUGAAGGCACUCAGAUCCUGUGAGCAAUUAUUUUCCCGUUUAGUCUUGUGAUUGACUGUGGUGCAUGAUGAUAAUUGAGUUUCCGCUGUCUUGCACAAUUCCUUCUUUGAUACUGUAGUUUUCUGGGUUUAUUCAAUUAAUUUAACAGAGAAUUGUCGCUUUCUGGACAUUAAAGAUUUUGGAAGGUUUUUAAAUGAUCAACAAAUGAACAAAAAGGGAAUGAAUGUCUGCUGACUGUGAACUGUAUUCCAAUGAAGUACUCAAUAGGACUCCACCAGUCACCAAAAGCGUUUUGGGGUACAGGUGAUGUUUGGGCAUGGGGAUACAUGGCGAGGCCUGCCGUGGGUAGAACAGGUGCAUGCUCUGGGCCAGGGUUCCAAUAAAGAACUCCGUAGCGGGUUGCUGCACUAAGACCGAGUCCUUUUCAGUGGCGCACAUGCGCACAUGUGUAAGUCAGGGAAGUUCUGUUAGAGUGGGGGCCAUGCUUUACCCACUGUGGUGCUCCGCCUUCGCCGCCUUGACUGCAAAGCUCUUCCCACGGGAUCUGUCGCCCUUUGGCUGGAGUUCACAUGAACUUCCCACUUGCCACCUAGUGUAGACUUUUAAAAUACCACAGCAGUUUGACUCCAGUAUGACAGGAGGUAAUGCCAAAUUCAGCUUCCAACAGGCACCAAACGGGCAUACCUACCUUGUGUUCCUUUAUUUUAGGAAAUGAAGUGGCAGAGGAGAAGUUGGGACUCCUGCCACUCUCUGUACCAGAUGGUAUUUACCUGAGAAAACACCUCAGGCCUAAGCUGCAAGAAUGCCCACAGGUCAGAUUUAGCCCCUGAGUCUCUAUGGGUUGUACUGAAGAUAAAAAAUUUUCAUCUAGGAUCUUUGUCCAAUAGGAUUAACUUGUACCUGAGAAGUAUAUAAGAAGUAGACAAAUUGCAUUUAUACAGCUGUUCUAAGUCAUUUAUAAACUUGAAAGGUGAGAGAAAUUUGAGGAGGGCCAUCAACAUUUAGCAAGGGGGUUUAGGAUGAUUCUAGGAGAGGGGAGGACAAAUGAUUCGAAAAGAAACUUCUACCCACUGGAUGCACAUUUCCCUCGUGUACUAAGAUGUUUCAGAAUUAACACUCAAGCAACUAAAGGCUCUUCCCACGGAGCUGGUGAUAAGGAGAUCUCACUUUGGGGGCCAGGCGUGUCACAGGCUCACACACUAAGACUACCUGAAUGAAAAGUAGUUAGGGAACAGCAGAGCUGACUUUCAAGUGUUUUCUUACUUACUUGAGUCAGGGUUACCUGUGUCCAGUUCUGAAGGUGAGCUUGUGCAGGUGAAGCCCAAGAAUAAAGCAUCCGUGCUUCCAAAGUUGUCCUCGUUGUGAUAGGACAGAGGAGUGGACAGACUCAAUAGAAAACAUCAUUGCUGGAAAUCUGGUUCACUGAUUCGGCCCUGAAUAUCGGACUGAAUGUGCUGGCUGACUUUGUUUGCAUUUGUCUGGAAUAUUUAAAGUCCCAUGAAAUUUAGUUUUGAGCCACAACAUCGGGUGAGGGGGCAGGGAUAACACCAGAGAAAACACAUUUUCAUGGCUUGAAGAGUAGCAUUGAAGGAGUUCCAUUGAGCAGCUAGAGGAGAAAGGGAAAGCCUACACAGUUAACUGCCCCUGCUAAGUGACGCCAGUUCCAUUCAUGAGAGCACUAGGGUCCUCUCCCCUGUUUGUGCAAGGGUGUCUGUGUGGGAUUGUCGGAGAAUGUUUGUACUGAAGACUCAAACUUGUGAGCACCUGGACCUGUUUCUGUAUCCUCAGAAUAGGGAGCAAGAGAGACUCCAUGCUUCCUAGCCCUAACCCCAUCAACCCCAGACCAUUAGGGAUCCAGCAUUGUGCAAGACAUACGGAAUAAGAGAACAAGCCACAAAUUCUCAGCUAUGUGCAUGCCACUUGUGUAGGUGUCAGAACUGUGUGUGACUCUGUCCCCAAUCUUACACACACAUAUAUACCAUAAGCACGUGGCAUAAAAAUAUUCUAUCCAUGGACUACAGUGAUGAUAGUUAGGACCCUGGGCUGCAAUUAUAGCCUUAUCUCCACUUUUUGUGUUGUGUAAACAUUGAAUGGCUUGUAGCUUUUAAGAAAUUUUUUUUAAUGUAAGUAUCCUACUAAAUGCACUUAUGCUUCUAAAUGUUUAUAUAUUUUGGUAAAACUGAUUUAUUAGAUCUUUGGUAUCAUAUUUUAGUAAGAUAAAUUUUCCUCAAAGGUCUGAUUAAUGCUUUGAUGUCAAGACUGCACUUUUUUAGAGUUAGGAAUCAGAAGAUAUUAUGCAGCUGUGGGCAUUUUCACCUGCAGGCCACGGUUUCCUUGCUAGAAGCUGCACUGUGUGUUCUUGUGUGUCAGCUCUCUCUCCUCUACAGUGAGGUCUGCAGUAGCCAUGAUGCUUAUGUCACUAACUACUGGCUCUCUGGUGACAAGUAUUUCUGUCAUAUGACCACUAUUUACUUCCUAUGCCAUCAGCCUGCAAUGGCAUUUUGGUUGCUAUCAAAAAUAACACAAUGGGUUAUGAGUAUAUGUCUUUGGAAGGUGUGUGCAUUCCUUCAGCAGUUUUAUGCACACAUAAAUUUCUUGUUAAGAAUUUAAGUAUUUAUUCAUGAAAGAAUAAUUAGCAAAAAAAUACCUUAAAUUACCUUUACAUAAAAUCAGCUAGAUAACACCUCCCAAGUGAUUGUCAUGCUAAAUAACACCUCCCAGCAACAUUAGGUUCAAACAGUGAUUAAUAAAAUCUCUAAACAUGUAUGCUAUACCCUCCCCAGUAUUAAUGUCAUAACCACUGCUUCUGUAUUUUUUCAAUGAUGUUUUGAUGAAGCCACUUGUACACCUACUACAUAUCACUGACAAGACUAGGCAGCUGCAAACCAGAAGGAGCAUAGAAUUGGUUUCACCAUAAGAUGCUAUUUGUUUUGAUCUUUCUUUAUAUAUUGCUAAAGGGAAAGAAGUGGUUUGAAAACCAUUUGAGUCUGGUGAGUAUGGGUAGCAUAUUACCUGAAAUUUUAAUUUGUAUGUUCUAAGGUCUGAUUGUUUGCAUGGAAGAGACAAUAGUGCCACAUCUGAUCUGUUCUCUGGUGCUUGAUUAGUGUCUACUGUUUCAAAUGGCAUUCCUUACUCUUUGGUUUUCAGAGGCAUUCAAAGCAAACUAUAUCGUAAGUGGCCCAUUGUUUUCUGACCAUCUGAAAAAUACCUGUGAUUAAAUUUAAUUUGUUAGUGUAAAUAUAUUUCUUGCCAAUGAGUAUUAUUGUUAUUAGAUAAUGAAUGCAAUAAAAGGAAAUACAGUCAUCUGA